AUGGCUCCAAACACACAGCAGUACACCAACAGGCCUGGAAAACACACAAGAGUAUACCAACAGGCCUGGAAAACACACAGCAGUACACCAACAGGCCUGGAAAACACACAGCAAGACACCAACAGGCCUGGAAAACACACAGCAGUACACCAACAGGCCUGGAAAACACACAGCAGUACACCAACAGGCCUGGAAAACACACAGCAGUACACCAACAGGCCUGGAAAACACACAGCAAGACACCAACAGGCCUGGAAAACACACAGCAGUACACCAACAGGCCUGGAAAACACACAGCAACAGGCCUGGAAAAACACAGGCCUGGAAAACACACAGCAGUACACCAACAGGCCUGGAAAACACACAGCAGUACACCAACAGGCCUGGAAAACACACAGCAGUACACCAACAGGCCUGGAAAACACACAGCAGUACACCAACAGGCCUGGAAAACACACAGCAGUACACCAACAGGCCUGGAAAACACACAGCAGUACACCAACAGGCCUGGAAAACACACAGCAGUACACCAACAGGCCUGGAAAACACACAGCAGUACACCAACAGGCCUGGAAACACACAGCAGUACACCAACAGGCCUGUAAAACAAACAGCAGCACACCAACAGGCCUGGAAAACACACAGCAGUACACCAACAGGCCUGGAAAACACACACACAGCAGCACACCAACAGGCCUGGAAAACACAGCACCAACAGGCCUGUACAGCAGUACACCAACAGGCCUGGAAAACACACAGCAGGCCUGUAAAACACACAGCACCAACAGGCCUGGAAAACACAGCAGCACACACCAACAGGCCUGGACACCAACAGGCCUGGAAAACACACAGCAAAACACAGCAGUACACCAACAGGCCUGGAAAACACACAGCAGCACACCAACAGGCCUGGAAAACACACAGCAGUACACCAACAGGCCUGGAAAACACACAGCAGUACACCAACAGGCCUGGAAAACACACAGCAGUACACCAACAGGCCUGGAAAACACACAGCAGCACACCAACAGGCCUGGAAAACACACACACGCAGUACACCAACAGGCCUGGAAAACACACAGCAGUACACCAACAGGCCUGGAAAACACACAGGCAGGACACCAACAGGCCUGGAAACACACAGCAGUACACCAACAGGCCUGA